AUGGGUGACACCGAACAGUCACUCACAGAGACUGAGAAUCGGAAAACUGCACAUGAUUCGGAAGAAGACAAUGAAGUGAUAACAAACGAUGACGGUGAAAACAAUGAAAAUACGAAAAUUAUUGAUAACGAUCAAAAUCUGACUGUUGAUCAUUCAAGAAUCGAAAUUGAAGAAAAUCCUACACAUGAUAAGGAUUUGAACGCAUCUGAUAAUAAAAAUUCAGAACAAGGGCUUUCUGAUGUUGUCCUAAAUCAUACAGAUACUCUGAAACUCGACGACGAUGUUGAUGAUGAAAUGCAAUUGGAUGUAGCGAAAAAUGAUAUUGAUGAAGUAAAAUUGGAUGUAGCAGAAAAUGUAGUUGAUGAUGAAGUAAAACUGGAUGUAGCGGAAAAUGAUGUUGCAACUAUUCCAAAAGAAAGUGAUCAACACGCGGUAGAUGAACUAUCAAAUAAGUCAAAUGUGGAAAUAACUGGAGUGGCGAGAGAAAGAAACGGUGACUAUUUCGAAGAUGAGACAUUUAAACAAAAUGAACCAGAGAUGAAUGCGACUACUUUACGAACUGAAGAAACAUUUAGAUCACUGUCAUCGGAACAACAACAACAACAACAACGAAAACGAUUAAUCAAUGAAAACGAUUCUCUUGACGAAAAUGAUUCAGAUAAUUUAUUAAAAACUGUGCUCGAUAAGUCAAACAAAGAUGCAAGCACUCAUCUGUUGAAUACGCUUGUGGAUGGUGAUUUUGAUCUGGAUAAGAAUUAUAUUAUACAAAAACCAAAAAAUUUAACACAGGCUUUUACAAUCUGGCCAAAUUUGUCAUCAUCUUUACAAGCUGAAUUGUUAAGUGUCUUAAUUGGAAUAAUGAGAAAAAGUCAACGCAAUUUAUUGGCGUGUAUUGACGCUCAUGUAUUUGAGCAUGUGCUUGAUUUAUUAAAAAAUGUAAAUGAUGAUGUUGUGGCCGAUUUACUUGUGGAUGUUCUAACCGUUUUAGCAUCACUCACAAUUAAUGUCAAUGAAUUAAAGUUAUUAUUACGAUAUUUAAAAACAGACAAUAAAACUUGGACUAAAAAUGCCGUUAAACUAUUGAAUGUUUUUAAAGCGAUGCCAUUCCGGCAUGGUCCAGAUGAAUUUUUCAAUCUACCUGGACGUAAAGGAUCUGGUAUUGUUUUACCACCGAUCAAAUCAUGGCCUUAUCAAAAUGGUUUUACUAUAACAUGUUGGUUUCGUAUUGAUCCGGUUUGCAAUGGCAAUAUUGAAAAAGAAAAACCUAAUUUAUACUGGUUUUGUACGUCAAAAGGUCUCGGUUACACAGCGCAUUUUGUCGGAAAUUGUCUUGUUAUAUCCUAUACUAAAAUGAAAGAAAAAGGAUUUCAACAUUGUAUACAACAUGAAUUUAAACCGAGAGAAUGGUACAUGGUUACAUUUUCUCACCAGUAUCAACGUUGGAGUAAAAGCAGUGUACAUUGUUACAUUAAUGGUCAGCUAAUAUCGACUGCUCAUUUUUCAUGGUCAAUUGAAAAUCAAGAACUAUUUGAUAAAUGUUAUAUUGGUUGCACACCGGAACGAAGCGAAUUAACAAGUUUCUCGGGACAAAUAUCAACAUUUUUCUUAUUUAGUCUCUAUCUCGAACCAUUGAUAGUUCAAGGUUUAUACAAACUAGGUCCAGCCUAUAAGAAUCAAUUUAAAUUUGAAAAUGAAAGCGCACACGUUUUGUCUGAAGCACAACGAAAGGCAAUGUACGAUGGUAAAUUAAUGAAUUCCGUUGUAUUCAGUUAUAAUCCAGUAUCGUGUGAAGAACAAUUGGUUCUUCAAUCGGCACCCAAAACUAACGUCUCACAUUUUGUUCAUAAUGCCCAUGCACAAAUGUUAAGCAAUGUUAGAGCUGUUAUAACGCAUUCAAUUUAUAGUACAUUACAUUCCGUGGGUGGUAUUCAGGUAUUUUUUCCACUGUUUGGUCAAUUAGAUCAUUCACAACUUGAUGAUACAAUUAACUAUAACGUUUGCUCAACAUUAUUGGCCACUAUAUGUGAUUUAAUUGAACGUUCAUAUACAAUUCAACAUCAAAUGUUGAGUUGUAAAGGUUUUUUAACAAUUGGAUAUUACUUAGAAAAGGCAUCUAAACAGCAUUUAAAUCAAGACGUACUAAAUUCAUUAAUAUCGUUAACAACAUUUUUUGUUAAAUUACAGAGUAAAAAUAGUCCAUUAUUAUUGAAACAAUUAUUCGUUCAUAUAUUUUUCAAUCCAGCCAUAUGGAUUUACUGUUCCGUCGACGUUCAAAUGCUUUUGUAUACAUAUUUGGCAACAGAAUUUGCAACAUAUUCUGGAAUUUAUAAUAGUAUUCAACCAAUAAAUGGAAUAAUUCAAACAUUACAUACAAUUAAAUAUUAUUACUGGAUUGUUGAUCCGCGUCAUCGUAGUGGAUACGAACCAAAAGGCUUAGACGGUAAUCGUCCGUCAUGUUCACAAAUAAUUGAAAUACGACGAUAUAUGCUACUUUAUAUGAAACAACUCAUUAUUACGGGAACGAGUAAUCAAGAAGAUGAAUUACAAGCAAUUUUAAGUUAUUUACAUACUGUUCAUGAAGAUGAAAAUAUUGUCGAUGUAUUGAAUAUGUUGGUUAAUCUAAUGUCAGAACAUCCCAAAACCAUGGUACCUGCAUUCGAUCGUCGACAAGGACUGAGAACGGUAUUUAAAUUAUUAGCAAGUAGUAGUGAAAUGACACGUUUACAAGCAUUGAAAUUAUUGGGAUUUUUUCUUCGAAGAAGUACACUAAAACGAAAAACUGACGCUAUGCAACCACAUAAUCUGUUCUCAUUGUUGGCCGAUCGAUUACUUCUACAUCCUAAUGGAUUCACAAUGGCAACAUAUAAUGUUCUGUUAGAAAUCCUAGUAGAAAAGGUAAGUGGACCAUUGGUAGAAAAACGAAAUACUGAUAUUAAUAGUGAUUGGAAGAUUGAAAAUCCAGCUGUAGUUAAAGUAAUAGCCACAUUAUUACGUAACGCACCAGAUAAUUUACAUCUUUAUGAAAUUAAAACGCAAUAUUUGGAGGAUUUAAUUGCCUUGUCACUUGCUAGUCGUGAAAAUAGACGUAUUAUAUUACAAAUGUCUGUAUGGCAAGAUUAUUUACUCGGUCUCGCUUAUAUCUAUCCGACAACACAUGAACAAACUGAAAUAACGAAUUUAGUAUUUGAAUUACUUAAAAUUUUGCUACAUCAUGCAAUAAAAUAUGAAUUUGGAGGAUGGCGAGUGUGGAUUGAUACAUUAUCAAUUUUACACGGCAGGGUAACAAGAGAAGAUUAUUACAAGAAAAUUAAUAAAAUGGUUGAACAUAUGAAAAAUGAUGAUGACAGCGAUAAGACUCAACAAUUAACACUGACUGGUACUCAAGCAGAAGUAUCAACUGAUUCUACAGCGGUAACGCCUACAACACCGAAAUCAACGGGAAGUAAUCGACAGGUGUUUAAUAAAACUAGUCAACUACCACCAUUCAGUAUAUCUGAAUUUAAAUAUUCUCCAACGCAUGUUCGUCUGCUACAUAAUGUAUUCGAUACAAUUGAAGAAGACGUUCGCUCAUGGAGAUCCGAUCCGACAAAAUCAAUAACGGACUUCAUCAAUCAUAAUGAUAAUCAAAUAUUUUGUGUUAAUGUUGUUCAUAUUAUAUCUCAAAUGGCUGAUAUUGUAUGUAAUUCAAGUGGUGGAUUACUACCGCUUUUAGCCAGUGCCACAUCAGCAUCGCAUGAAAUUGAAAUUCUAGAAAAUACAGAAGGUUUAACACCUAUUGAAGCAUUAAAAAUUCUUAAGCGUGUCAUGGCAUUUGUUGACUUAUUUGUAUUAGCUAAUAAUACGAGUUUUUCGGAAUUAGAACAAGAAAAAAAUAUGCCUGGUGGUGGUAUAAUUCGACAAUGUUUGAGAUUAACAAUGACAGCCGCUGUCCGCCAUUGUAUGGAAUGUCGACUUUUGCGUUUUGAUUCUACAAAAAUUCCACAACAACCAUUAAUCACUAAAGCAUCACAACAAAAAUUCUCAGCAAAAGAUCCAAUUGAAGCUAUAUUAGAAUUAACCCAACUGAUGAACCCGAAUAAUGAAGAUCAUAUUCAAAAUGAUGGGGCACAUCAGUACGAUGAUAUAUCAACAUUAUUGUCAUCAGUAAUUAAAAAUCCUGAUAGUGUUCUACAAGAAUUAGAUGUGCAUCGUUUAAGAGCUCUACUUUAUCGUGAUGUGGAUGAUAGUAAACAAUCACAAUUUUUAGCAUUAGCCAUUGUUUACUUUGCAUCGGUUCUCAUGGUAUCACGCUAUCGUGAUAUUAUUGAGACAAAUCAGACAUCAUUAUCACGAAAAACGUCAGCUAUUAGUUCAUCAUCAAGUGUUAAAAAUGGUACAACUGAUUCAGCGAAUGUUAAUACAGAUACAGUCAGUGUUAAUAAUUCAACUGUAGCAGUGUCGAAUAAUACACAAAAAAAUUUAAAUGAAUUUGUUUCAUCCGAAGAUAAAACUGAUGGAAAUAAUGAUCAUUUGAAUGGUGAAUCACUUAACAAAACUCCUCUAGACUCAACAGAUCCGUCAUUAUCCGAUCAGCUCGAUGUUGCAAGUAUUCCAGUUGAUAAUCCAUCAACGUCGGAUAAAGAUAAAUAUGCUCAAUUAGUUAAAAAUGAUACAAGUUUGCCAGAUUAUCCUAAAGCAAAUUUUUCAUCGACAGAAGCUCAAUCUUCAAUGAAUAUAACAGAAAAAUUAGAAAGAGCUCUGUCAAAUGUCGCUCCAUUUUUACGAGAUGUGUUCACUGAAUUUUCACAAUUAUUAACAAAAACAUUAGUUGGUUCACAUGGUCAAGAAUUGUUACCUGGUGGUUUAAAUGCAUUGAAACAAACAACAAACGUUGUCGAAUUAGUUAUGCUGUUAUGUUCACAAGAAUGGCAAAAUUCAUUACAAAAACAUGCUGGACUUGCUUUCAUCGAACUCGUCAAUGAAGGCCGUUUACUAUCCCAUGCGAGCAAAGAUCAUGUUGUCAAAGUGGCGAGCGAAGCCGAUUUUAUAUUGAAUCGUAUGCGAGCAGAUGAUGUUGGAAAAGCAUCAGAGUUUGAGCAACUGUGCGCACAAACAACAGUGGAGCGAAAAGAAGAAGAACGUUUAUGCGAUCAUUUUCUCUGUGCAGCACGUAAACGACAUCAAGCCAUUGCAAUUAAAUUAAAAGAAAAAUUUUUAGCUAUGAUGAUUAAUGAUAAAAGUACCUAUUUAAACACAUCAGCAAAUAAAAAUUCAAAAGCAUAUUGGAAACUCGACGCAUGGGAAGAUGAUUUGAGAAGACGUCGUCGAAUAAUUAAAAAUCCAACUGGCACAUCACAUCCCGAAGCAAUUUUAAAACCUGCCAUAACUCAAAAUGUGUCAAAUGAAGACGCAAUAAAUACUGCAGCUAAAGAAGACAGUCUUCAUAAACAAUUAAAACAAAAAUCACAAAAUUUUGUACAAACGGGUGAAGAUGAAGAUACGUUACAAGUGGAUGAAAAAGAUCUUGAUCAAGAAUUUACAGGACCUGUUCGAUUUUCUACUGAAUGUAUGUUAAUCUCUUGUGGUGCUAUUGUCAAAGGAACAUUGGCUAUCACGUCAAGUGCUAUGUUAUACGAUACGGAUGAAAUUGAUGAAACGUUUACUUCACUUGAUCAAAAAGUUUUACCGUACAUUGAAAACUUGCAUGGUAAAUGGCAUUUCAAUGAAAUACGGGCGAUAUUUUCACGUCGUUAUUUAUUGCAAGAUAAAGCGUUAGAAAUUUUCGUAUCUAAUAGAACUAGUAUUAUGUUUGCAUUUUCUGAUCGUAACACAGUAAAAAAAGUUGUAAAUUUUUUGCCACGUGUCGGUGUUGGCGGAAGAUAUGGAUUACCGCAACAACGACGAACAUCUCUUGCAUCACCGAAACAAUUAUUUCGUUCGGCAAAUAUGACACAACGAUGGCAACGACGUGAAAUAAGCAAUUUUGAAUAUUUAAUGUAUCUAAAUACAAUUGCAGGUCGAACAUAUCAAGAUCUAAAUCAAUAUCCAGUAUUUCCAUGGAUUAUUGCUGAUUAUGAAAGUGAAAAACUUGAUCUUAACUCACCAGCAACUUAUCGUGAUUUAUCAAAACCAAUUGGUGCCUUAAAUCCAACGAGAAAAGCAUUUUUUAUUGAUCGAUAUAAUAAUUGGGACAAUGAUUCGAUCCCUCCAUUCCACUUUGGAACACAUUAUUCUACAGCUGCAUUUACCCUCAAUUGGUUACUUCGUUUGGAACCAUUUACAACUUAUUUUUUGAAUUUACAAGAAGGCAAAUUUGAUCAUGCUAAUCGUACAUUUCAUUCUAUACCCGUUUCAUGGCAAAAUUGUCAGCGAGAUACGUCAGAUGUCAAAGAACUUAUCCCAGAAUUUUUCUUUUUACCUGAAAUCUUUGUCAAUAUUAAUCAUUAUAAAUUGGGUAAAACGGAAGAUGGUUUGAGAGUGGAUGAUGUUCUAUUACCAAAAUGGGCUGCAACACCGGAAGACUUUGUUCGAAUAAAUCGUAUGGCUCUUGAAUCUGAAUUUGUUUCAUGUCAAUUACAUCAUUGGAUUGAUCUUAUUUUUGGUUAUAAACAACGAGGACCAGAAGCUCAAAGAGCUGUAAACGUAUUCUAUUACGUGACAUAUGAAGGAGCAAUUAAUUUGGAUGCAAUUGCCAAUCCAACUGAUCGCGCUGCCGUUGAAACACAAAUGAAAAAUUUUGGUCAAACUCCAUCUCAACUACUCACUGAACCCCAUCCACCAAGGAACUCAGCCAUGACGCUGACACCAAUGAUGUACAAUCAAACUCCAGAAGAUGUCAGUAUGAUUAUGAAGUUUUCAUCGAAUGCACCAAUCAUUCAUGUAUCAGCUAACACUAAUCCCGCCGUAUCAUCGCAGGCGGUGUUGACAAUAAGUCAAAAACAUGAUUUUUCUGUUAAUAAGUAUAAUCAAACUUCUAGUAGUGAUACAACGGCUGGUGCUAUACAAUCAGCAUUACCAUUAAGCAUGGAUUCUCUAUUAGUUUUGAAUACUGGACUACAUCGACGACAUUUAGGAAAUAAUUUUGAUGAACGUUUACAACAACGUCAUCAAAGUUUUGUAAUUACAGCUGAUAAUCGAUUUAUUGUGGCAACUGGAUUUUGGGAUAAAUCUUUUCGAGUUUUAAGUACGGAUACUGCUAAAAUUACUCAGGUUUUGUAUGGUCAUUUUGAUAUUGUAUCGUGUGUAUGUCGUUCAGAAAUUACUGUAGUCGGAAAUUGUUUUCUUGCCACGGGUUCAAGAGAUUGUACAGUUUGCAUUUGGAUAUGGAAUGGUGCAAAAGGAUCUAUUGUUGACCGGGAAUAUCCUAACCAAGACAUCAAUCCGUCUCCCGCUGCCAUAUUAACUGGACAUGAUACAGAAAUAACAUGUUUAUGGAUUUCAGCUGAAUUAGGCGUUGUAUUGAGUGGAAGUGAAAAUGGUUUGGUACUUGAGCAUACAUUGAAUGGUGAUAUAUUACGUUCAUUUGAAAAUCCAUCCAUAUCAGCAAAGCCACGACUCGUUUCUCCAUCAAAUGAUGGUGACAUUAUCGUGUGCUAUGAUCGAUCAAAAUUAUGUUUAUACACAUUAAAUGGUAAAUUAAUGAGACAAGCAAUAUUCGAAGAUGAAAUAAUACAGAGCCUAGUAGUGAACACUGAUGGUCAGUAUACAGUCAUUGGUGGUGAUCGAGGUUUUGUUCAAAUUAUUCGUACACAUGAUUUGCAACCUGUCUAUGCUUAUCCACAAUGUGAUGCUAGUAUACGUUCAUUAGCGAUUACACAUGAUCAAAAAUAUAUUAUGGCUGGUUUAUCGACCGGUUGUCUAAUUGUAUUCAACGUCAAUUUUAAUGUAAUUGGUCAUCGUCGUGAACAAUCACCAAAUACAACAACAAGUGCCAUCUCACUAUCGUCAUCUUCUUCACCAGCGAAAGUUCCUCCCCCUUCUGAACAAUCAACACCAUCAUCAACUGGAAAAUAA